CUAGGGGUUGGUGCGGUGGGGGUCCACGAUAAAUAUCUGGGGCUUCCAACGCUGGUUGCUCGAUUCAAAAUGGCUACUUUCAUAUAUUUGGAGGAAAAACUCCUAGAGCGCCUUCAGGGGUAGAAGCAAAGGACAUUAUCGUGGGCUGCUAAGGAAACAUUGAUUAAAUCCAUAGCGUUGGCUCUUCCCCUUCAUGUUAUGUCAUGUUUCCGUCUUCCCCUGGCUCUUUGUCGUCUUUUAGAUAAGCAUGUGGCCCAUUUUUUGUGGGGUGCUGAGGACGGUAAUCCCAAAAUUAGAUGGGUGUCCUGGCGUAACAUGUGCAGGAUAAGCAUGAUGGGGGGAUGGGAUUUCGUCAGUUCGAGCAUUUCAACCAAGCUCUGUUGGCUAAGAUAGGCUGGCGUAUUCUCAAUGAACCUCAAUCACUUAUUGCCUAGGUCUAUAAAGGCAAGUAUUUCCCUCAAGGGUCUUUUCUGACUGCGACUGCUAGGUCUCGUCCCUCUUGGGGGUGGCAAAGUAUCCUUCAUGGGCGUCAGUUAUUGGAGAGGGGUUUGAGAUGGCAGGUUGGUAAUGGCCAAUCGAUCUCCCUCCUUCAUUCUAACUGGAUUCCUAGGUACCAACUUGAUCCCCCAAGCUAUAAUCCGCGGAUCUUGCCUGAGGGGGGUAAUCCCUUGGUGGCGGAGGUUAUUUGUGAGGGGGGAGGGAGGUGGUUCGAUGAGAAGCUCAGUCAAUGAUUCGACCCUCCCACCUGUAAGGCUAUUAAAGCUAUUCCUCUCCCACGUUGGGACGUGCCUGAUAAGCUUAUCUGGCAUUUUACGGUCGACGGGUCUUCUCGGUUAAGUCGGCCUAUCAUUUGGCUGUCGAUUUGGACAGGAGAAGGGGUGGGUGGUGGUCCUCGGUUAGCUGGAUGGAUAAGCCGAGUUGGAUUAGAGUUUGGGAGGCGAAGAUCCCUCCAAAGUUGAAGGUUUUUGUUUGGCAAAUUCUUAAUCAGGCUCUGCCGACUACGAAGGCGCUUAUUGAGAAAAGGGUCCAAGUGUUACCUCGGUGUCCAUUUUGUUGGGAUGGCCCGGAGACAAUGGAACACAUGUUCCUUUAUUGUCCGGUUGCGCGGGCCCUCUGGGAUUAUUCUGGGCUGGAAUACUUGGGGGAGGGUUUGCCUAGGCAUACUUUUCUUUGUUUCCCAAACGUUUGUUGGGAUUGAUCCAUCAAUCGUCUGUGGUUAUGGUUGUUGUUGCCAUCCUUUGGAGGAUCUGACGAUCUCGGAAUUGGGUAGUCUUUGAAGGCAAACAAUUUGGGAUCCUGGCUCAUGCGACAGCCAACAAUAUGAGGAAUGGGUGGAUCUACCAACGGACCAGGCACCUAGGACUCAAAUCCCGAUAAUGCACUCUACAGCACAUGUGAGUGAUUCCCAUUUGGUUUGCAUGUGGGACGGAGCUACUAAGGGUGGGUCACACUUGGCUGGUGGGAUGGUUCUUUUUUACCCAAUGCAGACACUCCUUCUGGCUAGAGGGGUCCAGUUUUCUCAAAUGGAUGAUCCUGUAGUGGUGGAAUUGCUUGUGCUUAGGGAAGCUAUUAUUUGGUGUUUGGAGCAAGGUUUGUCGGAGGUCCGAUUUGAGGGCGAUGCAAAGGUGAUUAUUGACAAAAUUAAUCAAGCCGACACAAGAGAUAGCCGGUUGGGUACGGUUCUGGAAGAGAUUGCUCAUUCUUUUCGUACUCAGCCUGGUUUUAGUGUGCGUUUUGUAGGUCGGGAGAACAAUAGGGUAGCUCAUUUGGUAGCUAGGAAAGCCCUCUCUUUGUAUCCGACUAUGAGUCGCUUCUUUGAUUUUCAGACCUGGCUGGCUUCCAGGGUGUAACUGUCUAUUUUUUCGAUCAAUACAUGAUAUCUUUUGACAAAGUAAAUAACAUCACAUUUUGAAGUUUUAACUUCAAAGUUUUACACAGUAUACAAACUUGCCCUUCCCCCCAAUUGUUGUAGUUCCAGUGAUCUUUUUUUUAAGGAGACUGGUCGAAGCGUGUUUUUUUUAUUAUUAUUUUGUUUCAAACGAUUACUCUUUAAAAGAGGAAAGAACAAGAUCUAACUGAAUAGAAAACAGAACUUAUAACUAAACAGAACGUAACCAAGACAUAAAGUCAAACCUCGCUAAUAAACGAGGUUAUAAAGACAGAGCCUUAUGGGCCACCAAAUGAACCAUUCUAUUGCGAUCCCCCCAACGAAAUAGUAGAUGACAACCACCAAACUGCUCCAUUAGCAAGAUGAUUUCUUGCAGGACAACACCAGCCAAAGCAUGAGAAGAAUCCCUUGCCAAACAUUUAUCAAUGAUGAUCUUGUACUAUGCUUUUCAGUUUUGGCCCAAUGGACAUGUGAAGCAAAUUUGAGGGCCAACCAGACCAGCGACGAUUCAGCCCAACAAUAUGGGCCUUCAAUGUUCUUUUUCUAUAAUGGAAGGGCCAAUUGCGUUCUUGUUCGUGCUUGAAUGGUUUGUUGUAGUAGCUAAGCCCAAAAAGGUUUUCCAAGGUUCCCAACCUAUUUUCAUGAUUUGAGGGGCUUCUUCCAAGGUGUUGCGUAUGUACUAUGUUUGUUCAUCAACCAUUGUGGCGGAAGUCGAAUAUAUCUUGGUCGCUUCUUGGGAUUUGCAAAGACACCAAACUGUUUACUGUCGCUCACUUCAUUCUUAUGGAGUAUCUUGUUCUCAUCAAACCCUUUCAGGAUCUCUCAAUAUCAUGGUUCUCACACCGGCCGCGUACCACUGGUUGAAUCUGGUUCAACCUGUACCGGUCAUAAAACCGGUAUGACACUAUCAGUACGAUCGGCAUGAUCGAUAUACGAAUCUCUAAGUAAAAUGAUAUUAUAUUAGUGAAUUUAUUUGAUAAAAAGUAAUUUAUUAUUUAUUUUAUGUGUUAAAAAGUUAAAUGUUGAUGUUAUUUGUUGGAUUCAAGUACAAAUAUUUAGGUAUUGACGUUAAAUGUCGUGCUUAAAUAUGAGUAUUUGUAAUAUUAACCGGCAUGAACCGGUAUGUACCACCGGUCGAACCAUUCCACUUGCUAAACCGGCACACUGGCACAAACCAGUUUGACAACCUUGCUCACUAUUAUUGUGACCGCGUGAUGGAAUGUCGAGCUUGAUUGCACUCCAUGAAGGACAUCCUUUCUAGCUCGAACUUGAUGGAGGUCUCUUACAUACCACGACACUAAAAUGUCCAAACAUAUUUGGUUGCUUAAGUCUCUCAGGUAUGGGAUGCUCAUCCUUCGGAUUGGAUCUAGAUUGUGGGUCUCAUUUCAUUUCGUUUUGAUAGGUUGUUCAACUACUAUGACUGAUGUUCAGAAACCACACUUGAUAAGAAGAAAAAAAAAGUUAAGAUUGAAAGGCUCGUCAUACACUACUCCACUCGAUGAUACUCGACAGGUCUCGUUAUGUGGGGAAUAGACGAAUGAGCAAUUUUUGCUAAUUUUUUUUAGUGAAUUCUACUUUACAUUUGGGAAAGAACUACUUUCAAAUUCAAUAUGAACAUUCUAGUUGUUAUGAUCAUCAUAGUAAAAAACGCGUUUCUACGUAGAAGCGUUUUGGUGAUCCAGAAGGGUAAAAUCGUAAGUUUUAAGGUUAAAUGCGCGUUUUUAACUACAAUAGUCAUAAAAACUGUAAUUCUGC